AUGGCCGCUAUGGUAAACAUGACCAACCUACUGAACGGCAAGGAUUCCCGCUGGCUGCAGCUCGAGGUGUGCCGGGAGUACCAGCGCAACAAAUGCUCCCGCCCGGACACCGAGUGCAAGUUCGCACACCCGCCGGCGAACGUCGAAGUACAAAACGGACGCGUGACCGCGUGCUACGACAGUAUUAAGCCGCGUGUGAAAAAGAAACCGACCCCCGCCCAGUCCGGUGGAUAA